AUGGAAGAGAUUCUCGACAUUCAGUCGGAGGUAACGUUCGAUGAGUCGGUGUCGCACUACGAGAUACACGCUCAUCAGCCAUACACUUUGUCCAACUUCAACAACAGCGACGAGAUUCGUAUAUCGAUCCAACAUCAAGACUUGAACUUACUGCCAUGCCGAAGCUCGAUUCACGUGCAAGGUAAAUUGUCCAAAACCGACGGUGCUGCCUUGGCUCGCACUACUUUUGCGGAUAACGCCAUUUGUUAUUUAUUCGAAGACAUUCGAUAUGAGUUGAAUGCCGUGGAGAUAGAUAAAUGUAAGAAUGUUGGAUUAACAACACUCAUGAAAGGUAUUCCUUCUUUCAACUAUAAUCAAAAGUACAUUUUAGAAAACGCUGGCUGGACAGGCGAGUCGAUAGCCGACGACUCGGGCAACUUUGACGUUUUCAUUCCUCUCAACAUGAUUUUUGGGUUCGCCGAAGAUUAUCGUAAAAUCAUCGUAAACAUGAAGCACGAGCUUAUUUUGUCGAGAUCAAGGACAAAUUUCAAUGCGGUCAUGCAGACUAUAGAAAAUGCAGCCCCCAAUAACACGUACGAGACUUUUAAAAUUCAAAUCUCAAAAAUCGAAUGGUUAAUGCCUUACGUGCAAGUAUCGAAUCAGCACAAGAUUCAGCUACUGCGACAAAUUGAAAAAAAUAAGCCGAUUGCUGUGAGUUUUAGAUCUUGGGAAUUGUACGAGCAUCCCUCGAUACCUGCUUCCUCGAGACACGUAUGGACGGUCAAGACUUCGAAUCAGCUGGAAAAACCGCGCUUCGUCAUACUCGCUUUUCAAACGAAACGAAAGGAUCAAAAAAAUAAAGAUGCUAGCAAGUUUGAUCAUUGUAACGUGCGCGAUGUAAAACUAUUUCUCAAUUCACAGUAUUAUCCUUACGGUAACAUGAAUCUCGACAUUACCAACAACAAAGCUGCCCUCUUAUACGACCUGUUUGCUCAUUUUCAACAAUCGUAUUACGGAAAAACCUCCGAGCCUAUGAUCAGUAGAGAAAAAUUCAUCUCCGAUUAUCCACUGAUCGUAAUCGAUUGCUCGAAACAAAACGAAACUAUAAAAAGUGCCCCCGUCGAUAUUCGAUUAGAAUUCGAAGUAAGUAGCAAUUUCCCAGCCGAAACUUCAGCCUACUGCCUGAUUUUACACGACCGAAUAGUCGAGUACAACCCUGUCAGUGGCGAUGUUAAAAAAUUGAUUUAA